AUGAUAUUUGUUACCGAAGUUCAUCGACUGGAUGAUGCACUUUCCCGAAUAGACCCUAACUGCACUUCUUUAGUGGGCUCAACGAUGAUCGCUGCCAUUUUGGAGGAUAAUCGUUACUUAAGUGUCAUAAAUGUCGGUGAUUCAAGGGCGGUUGCGUGUGAUACGUGCGAUCAAAUGAUUUCCCUGAGCAAAGAUCACAAACCAGAUGAUAAAUUGGCAGACACAGUUCGCCUAAAGCGUAAGAAAAUUGCACAUGCAGCUCUACUGCAUGACAAUGCUCGACUCACGGUGCAAAACCUUCUCGUCAAAAGAAAUUCCAAACUUGAUUUCGAAGUUCUACAGUACAAUGCUUAUUCUGCUGAUUUGGCUCAAUCUGACUAUGAUUUGUUUCGCGGAGUGAAGCUACGAGACAAAACAUUCGAUGAUCAGAAAGAGCUGGAAAUUUCAUUUGAGCAUUCAAAUAAAUCAGCCGACCAUCUUUUGGUCGUACUCGGAUUGCGUUGA